AUGGCGCCGUACACGCCGCUUUUAACAGUCCGAGGAUCAGAAGGACUGUACAUGGUGAAUGGACCACCACAUUUUACAGAGAGUUCAGUGCUUCCAAGGGAAUCUGGAAAAAAUUGCAAAGUCUAUACCUUUAGUAAGGAUGGGACCUUGUUUGCCUGGGGCAAUGGAGAGAAAAUAAAUAUUAUCAAUGUCACUAACAAGGGACUACUGCACUCCUUCGACCUCCCUAAGACAGUUUGCCUUGAAUUCUCACCAAAAAACACUGUCCUGGCAACGUGGCAACCUUACACUACUUCUAAAGAUGGCACAGCUGGGGUUCCCAACCUACAACUUUAUGAUGUGAAAACUGGAACAUGUUUGAAGGCUUUCAUCCAGAAAAAGAUGCAAAAUUGGUGUCCAUUCUGGUCAGAAGAUGAAACUAUUUGUGCCCGAAAUGUUAACAAUGAAGUUCAUUUCUUUGAAAAUAACAAUUUCAAUACAAUUGCAAAUAAAUUGCAUUUGCAAAAAAUUAAUGAUUUUGUGUUAUCACCUGGACCCCAACCAUACAAGGUGGCUGUUUACGUUCCAGGAAGUAAGGGUGCACCUUCAUUUGUUCGAUUAUAUCAGUACCCCAACUUUGAUGGGCCUCAUGCAGCUUUAGCCAAUAAAAGUUUCUUUAAGGCAGAUAAGGUUACAAUGCUAUGGAAUAAAAAAGCUACUGCUGUGUUAGUAAUAGCUAGUACAGAUGUUGACAAGACAGGAGCUUCCUACUACGGUGAACAAACGCUGCACUAUAUUGCAACAAAUGGAGAAAGUGCUGUGGUGCAAUUACCAAAAAGUGGCCCCAUCUAUGAUGUGGUUUGGAAUUCUAAUUCUACUGAGUUUUGUGCUGUUUAUGGUUUUAUGCCUGCCAAAGCAACAAUUUUCAACUUGAAAUGUGAUCCUGUGUUUGACUUUGGAACUGGUCCUCGUAAUGCAGCCUACUAUAGUCCUCAUGGGCAUAUAUUAGUACUGGCUGGAUUUGGAAAUCUGAGGGGACAAAUGGAAGUAUGGGAUGUUAAAAACUACAAACUUAUUUCUAAACCAGUGGCCUCUGAUUCUACAUAUUUUGCUUGGUGCCCAGAUGGUGAGCAUAUUUUAACAGCUACAUGUGCUCCCAGGUUACGUGUUAAUAAUGGGUACAAGAUUUGGCAUUACACUGGCUCAGUCUUGCACAAAUAUGAUGUGCCAUCAAAUGUGGAAUUAUGGCAGGUUUCUUGGCAGCCAUUUUUAGAUGGAAUAUUUCCAGCAAAAACAAUAACUUACCAAGCUGUUCCAAGUGAGUUACCCAGGGAAGAACCUAAAACUGCAACAGCUUACAGACCCCCAGCUUUAAGAAAUAAACCAACUACCAACUCGAAACUGCAUGAGGAGGAACCACCUCAAAAUAUGAAACCACAACCAGGAAAUGAUAAGCCAUUAUCAAAAAACGCCCUUAAAAAUCAAAGGAAACAUGAAGCUAAGAAAGCUGCAAAGCAGGAAGCAAGAAGUGACAAGAGUCUGGAUUUGUCACCUACACCUACCUCACAGAGCUCAGCUCAAAAUACUAUCUCUCAGCCAACUACUGGAGACCCUGAGGUAGACAAAAAAAUCAAGAACCUAAAGAAGAAACUGAAAGCAAUCGAACAACUGAAAGAACAAGCAGCAACUGGAAAACAGCUAGAAAAAAAUCAGUUGGAGAAAAUUCAAAAAGAGAAAGCCCUUCUCCGGGAGCUGGAAGAUUUGGAAUUGGGUAUUUAA